AUGGAUCCUACUAAAAUAUCUAAUAUUCUUGAAAACUCAUUAUCCCAAACAUUAUCGUUAUAUUAUCCAUACGCCGGAAGACUUAAGGAUAAUACUAUUGUGGAUCGUAAUGAUGCUGGUGCUGAGUUUGUACAAGUCCAAAUCAAUUCCCCAAUAUCUGAAUCACUUCAAUGGCAUAAUAAUGCUAUUGAAGAGAUGAUAUUUCCACAAGGGCUGCCUUGGUCUAAUUGUACAAAUCGUGCAUUAGUUGUUGCUCAAAUCAGCUACUUCAAUUGUGGAGGAAUAGUUGUCAGCAUGUGUAUAUCCCACAAAGUUGGAGAUGGACACAGUGGUUACAAUUUUUUUAUGGACUGGGCCAUAACAUCUCGCGAGCCAAAUCUGUCAACAAAACCUUGUCUGUACUAUGUCGAGAAAUCUAUCUUUCCUCCGCCACCUAAUGGUCCUUUUCUAUCCCCACUUUGCACAUCCAACAAAGAUGAAAGCAUUCACAGAAGAUACACUUUUCUGGCCAAAAACUUGAUGAACUUAAGGCCUCAAUAG